GCGCCAUUGCGUCACAGAUUUGCGGACCUGCACAGGGCCUAGAAUACAGCCUACACGGCAGCGGGCGUCUUGGACUGGAAUGGAGCCAACGGCAACGACAACGACAACGACAACGACAACACAACAAUCCACAACAAGAGCUCGAGAACGAGACGGUAAUUGCCAGGCAACCGCUCCAGAGCAACCCACAUUAGCUGGUACGAUUACCAUUUACCCAACUAUCAAUCAGUCCUGAUCUCGAUCCCGAUCUCGAUUAAUCCGGCGUCGCUAUGGCGCCCGCCGGCCUGCUGCAGACUAGUCUCAUCUGGGUUGCCUACGCCGUCGCCGUCGCCCUGGUCCUCGCCGUCGCCGUCAUCACCACAUUCGCGUGGCAGGCGCCCCACGAGCGCUCCUUUGUCGUCUCUGCCGUGGCCAUCGUCAGCCUCACGUCGCUCCUGGCCACAGUGCUCCUCCUCCCCGUCGACAUUGCCCUCGUCUCGUCGACCGCAUCCGCAACGCUCGGAGCCAAAAAAGACUGGGCCACCCCCGAACGUAUCGACGGGAUCCUGCUGCCGCUCAAGAUUGUCUAUUACACCCUCUACAGCCUCGAUGCCUUGCUAUGCCUUGUCGCCAUCCCCUUCGCAUACUUUUGGUAUGAGGAAUACGACGAGGUGGAGGAGGAGGAGGGAACCAGCGGCAGCGGGAGCCGCUUUUUGAGCGCGCUCAAGUACACUGCGGCCUUUGUCUUCUUGGUCGUCAUCUUGUUCCUCGUGGGCUUCUUCGUACCGGCCGCCGGUAAUAGCCAUGACAAGCACCUGGACCUUGACUACUUCAAGCACCUGCUCGCUGCGAACAACGGGGAGAAGUCGCUCACGUUUGGCCUGGGCCUGCUCAUGACGCUGGGGACCCUGCUCUAUGUCUUGUACACGGGUGCCGGCCUCGCCUUGCUUCCCGUGUCCUUGAUCAAGUCUGCCCCGUCCAUCUCAGCGCCGCAGCUCUCGGCCACGACGGCUUCGGCCCUCGAGCGCAACCGUGAGCUCCAGAGACAGCUCGAGAUGCGCAGCGCCGGUCGCCCCGAGGGCAUGUCGGCAAAAGACCAGCGCGAGAUGGACGCCCUCCUGCGCGAGGAGCGAACCCUCGCCCGGCGGGAGCGGCUCGCGGCUGAGGCGCGCGGAGAUGGUCGCAGCACCAUUUUCCACAUCUGGACCAAGAUCCAAGCCGUCUUCAGGCCCCUGAAGCUAGUCGGCGGCAUUCUCCUCCUGCUGAUUGCCAUCCUCGUCUGGGUGUCGAUGCUCAUCACGGCCAUUGACAAGGCGGCCAACUCGGUGUGCAAGCAGCACUGCGGCUACAUCCUCGGCCACAUCAACGUGUUCCAGCCCAUCAACUGGAUCUUUGUGCAGUCGGCCAAGGCCUUCCCCAUCGACUACGUACUGAUGGUGCUGCUCAUCUUGUUCCUGUUCAGCAGCUCCAUUACGGGCAUCGCGACGGUGGGUAUCCGCUUCUUGUGGGUGCGCAUCUUCCAGAUCAAGAAGGGCCGCACCGCGCCCCAGGCCCUGCUUAUCGCUACCGUCAUGCUGGCCCUCAUCAUCCUCGCCAUCAACUACGCCGUGGCCAUGGUUGUGGCGCCGCAGUACGCCAUCUACGGCACGCAGACUUUUUGCAGCAACGAGGGCGGCGACUGCCGCCAACACCUCGACCUAGUGCGGCCGUGCUCGGAGCUCUCGCGCGACACGGCGUCCAAGGACGUCUGCACCCCGACCGUCAUGUCCACCUUCCUCAACCGCGUCACCCUCAACUGGCCCGUCUUUGGCGCCGUCGACUUCUGGGCCCAGUUUGCCUUCCUGGCCGUGUUCCUCGUCGUCUUCGUCACGAGCCUCUUCCGCACCCCGCGCCUCAACCUCAGCGAGCUCGACGAGGAGGCCGAGGCCGACGAGGAGGAGGGCCUGCUCGCCAGCACCAGCCGCCGCUUCGGCGCUACUUGGCAGGACAUCACGGGCCGCGCAAAGCAGCAGCCGCAGAGCGAGGGACAGGCCUCGAAUGGUGACCACAAUGGCUAUGGGGCCACCAACGGAAACGGUUCGGGGUCGAGGGCGUGAUUAUCUUUUGUGUUUGUUCCACCCGCACAGGUAAGUUGAUUUAUACGGGGUUUUGCGGUGUUCAUUUGGCUAGUUGGUUGGUUGGCUUUUGGUAAGUUUGGUAUUUGGCCUGGGGGUAAUAUGUGGGCGCUGCAAGGUUUCUCUCUCAAAAUAAUUGGAUGGAUGGAUGGAUCUCGUCAUAGUCAUCGUCGGUGGUGUCUCACGGUUCAGG